AACGCAAGGCGGUGUCACCUGACCGUUAGCUGCACACAGGAAGUGGAUUGUUGAAAUUAAUAUGGCUGUUGUCUCUAUACAGAGACGGAGGGCUUUAUUUUAAACAGCCAUGACAUUUUCCGGCUGCGUCAAAUUAUAGCGCACCGUAUCUCAUUAUUUACCUGUGUACUGUAGCUGCGGUGCCGCUGCUCCGACAUGGCGCAGUGCGUUCAGUCCGUCCAGGAGUUCGUCCAGGACUCGUUCGUCCCGAUGGUGGCCGUCCUGUGUAGUGAAGAAGCGGAGAGAGUGACCCGCAAGAACAACCUGAGUUUCGCUGAGCUGCUCAGACCUUUUUGUAGACUGACGUCCGAAGGUCACAUCCGGGACCCCAACAACCAGGUGCUUGUUGUAAAGAACCUGCGCAUCUGUGUUAACAAUAUUGUGACGACCCCAAACACGGCCACAGCAGCACUAAGCCCCGCCCAGAAGCGGUUCCUCAAUGAGGUGGUACUGUCCUGUCAACCACAGGAGAGCGCUGUGGGCAGUGUGAUCGCGACAGGAGAAUACAACCUCAACUUCAGCGACCCCUUUUUUAAAGCUAACAUGCCAUGGUACAGUACUUGGAGAGAGACACUGUUGGAAGUCAGCACCAUCAGACAGUAUGCAGCCACCACGCCUUGGUUUGAGGCUUAUAGAGAGAACUUCCUCCAGUCGAUGCCUGCCUCUGACCAUGAGUUCCUCAAUCACUACCUCGCCUGCCUGCUCGUGGUGUCUUCCACUGAGGCUGUUCCUGUGGAACAGUUCAUCAAACUUUCACAGGAGCAGCACAGGAUACAGCACAGUGGAGAAUACACCAGUCCAAAGUGGUUCAUCCCCAACACCCUCAAGUACUAUGUUCUACUGCAUGACAUGGGCGAGGGCGAUGAACAGAGGGCAGAUACAGUGUAUGAGGACAUGAAACAGAGGUAUGGCUCUCAGGGCUGCUACCUGCUGAAAAUAAACUCUCGGACCCUCUCCACUGAAAAAGACGAACAGAUCCCGGACCCCUGGAGUCAGUAUCUGCACAGGAACAGUCUGCACAGUCAGGACACACUUGAUGAUGUAACAGUGAACAGUGGCCCAGUGGAGAACAGUAUUAAUUCAGAUGAGGUCGUCGGGCAGAACUCCACAGAGAAAGCAGACACAGUAUCCAACAACCUGGAUGGACAUCCUCUGCAGCUGGACUCUGGGAGCAGCUCUGCUUCAAAGAAGGCUACCAGAGAGUCGGAUAACACAUCAGGAGGAACAGGAAGCCACGGGACCUGUCUGAGCCUGAACGACCACGACCACAUCAGACAGUUCAUCCAGGAGUUCACCUCCAGAGGUCUCCUGUCACACAUCGAGAAGAACAUUAGGCAGCUCAACGACCAGCUGGUCUCCAGGAAGGGUCUGAGUCGGUCUCUGUUCACUGCCACCAAGAAGUGGUUUGGAGGAGGGAAGGUUCCUGAGAAGAGCAUCAGUGAACCAAAGAGCACGUUUGGCCUUCUAUAUCCUCCAGAAGCUCCGGAGCUGCAGAUCAGGAAGAUGGCAGAUCUGUGUUUUCUGGUGCAGCAUUAUGAGCUGGCCUACAACUGCUACCACACUGCUAAGAAGGACUUCCUGUCAGACCAGGCCAUGCUGUAUGCUGCAGGAGCACUGGAAAUGGCUGCAGUUGCUGCAUUUCUUCAGGCUGGAGCACCUCGACCGUAUCCUGCUCAUUACAUGGACACGGCCAUACAGACGUACAGAGAUGUUUGCAAGAACAUGGUACUGGCUGAGAGAUGUGCUUUACUCAGUGCUGAGAUCCUAAAGAGUCAGGGAAAAUACUCUGAGGCUGCUGCUCUGCUCAUUAAGAUGACCAGUGAGGACUCUGACCUGCGCAGUGCUCUGCUGUUGGAACAGGCAGCUCACUGCUUUAUUAACAUGAAGAACCCGAUGAUCAGAAAGUUUGCCUUCCACAUGAUUCUGUCUGGACAUCGCUUCAGUAAAGCAGGACAGAAGAGACAUGCACUACGCUGUUACUGCCAGGCCAUGCAGGUGUACAAAGACCGAGGCUGGUCUUUGGCAGAGGAUCAUAUUAACUUCACAAUCGGCCGUCAGUCGUUCACACUCCGUCAGCCAGAGAAUGCUGUUACAGCCUUUAGACAAAUCCUGACCAAUGACAGCAGACAGACAGCCACGCAGCAAGCAGCCUUUCUCAGAGAGUACCUCUUUGUUCAUAAGAGUGUCAUGGGUGGGGAUGGAGUGAGUCUUCCUCAGCUUCCUCUGCCCUGCAUCCACAGCUCAGUUACCAGGAUUUACUUUGGACAUGAACGUUGCCUGGCAGAAGGAGAGAAACAGGCUGCGACCCACGUGUCCUUGGAUCAGGAGUACGACCAGGACCUGGCCGCCAUGUGGUGCAACCUGGAAGAACAGCUAGUGGCUUCUGCCAACAGAGGGAGCAUCCCUGUCAACUUCCAGCCUACACAAUACUGCCUGAACAGCCAGACUGACAACCAGCGCCACCCUCUGGCUGUGGUGGAGGAGCCCAUCAUUGUGGAGGUGACAUUCAGGAACCCUUUGAAAGUUCCUCUUGCUCUGUCCAAUCUCUCCCUUCUCUGGAAGUUUACUGCUGACAGUUCACCGAAUGACAGGACGACUCCGCAGUCAACAGUAGAGCCAAUCACAAAUGAAGAAACACUGGCAACUGGGGAGAAUCAGAAGGACGACAUUGUCACCACUGAGACGAUACUUAAUUUCCACCUCAGUCCUGAGGAAACAAAAACGGCCCGUCUCAGGCUGCUGCCACACAGAACUGGACAGUUGAACAUUGUUGGUGUGGUGUAUAGCCUGUCUGAAAGUUCCGCUGGAGAGACUCCUCCCAGUACUGAUGCUCAACAGACGAUAGAUUUGAUGGUUUGUGGAAAACAGGACCUGAACAUCCAGGGUCUACGGCUAAACCAGACCAAAGAGGACAAGAUGUCAGUGAAACAUGGACCUGAUCGACGUCUGGAUCCCAUCAUAACACCGUCCAUGCCCUUGAUGGAGGUCUUCUUCCUGCAGUUCCCCACUGCUCUGCUGUGCGGCGAGAUCAGAAAAGCCUACGUUGAAUUCUGCAACGUCAGCAGUGUUGCUCUGUGUGGCCUGCGGGUUGUGUCCACGCACCCUGAUUUCUUCACCUUCGGCAGCCAGGCCACCACCCCUGUGACCCCACUUACUCCCACCUCAGCUGAGAACUGCUCGGCGUAUAAAACCCUGGCCACGCCUCCACAGCUGGACUCUGUGGCUUCUGAGGUUUUGGUUUCUGCCGAGGUUUUCAGCCAGUUCUCCAGUGUGAUGGACAUUCCAAUAGAGGGUGGUACAUUGCUGCCUGGUGAGUCCACGCAACUGCCACUGUGGCUCAGAGGGCCGGAUCAGGAGGGGGUCCAUGAAAUCAACUUCCUGUUCUAUUAUGAGAGCACGGAGAAAAGGAACAAGAUCAGCCACCGUGUGCUACGACACACAGUGUUUAUUUGUGCCAGUCGCUCUCUGAGCGUUCAGGCGUCGGCCUCUCGCAGCAGUGUUCCUCCACAUCACAGCACUAAAGAAAAGGGCAGCAGUGGAACGCUGGUCUUUAUCGACGUGGAGAACAUUAACACGAGUGAAUCUGGUGUUCGUGAGUUUCACAUCAUCCAGGUGUCCAGCAGCAGCCAACACUGGCGCCUCCAGGACUGUAUCAACCCAGCUAGAGAAAAAGACUGUAAACUCGGCAGCAGAGAACGAGCCAAGCUCUGCUUUAGGGCGACACGAUGCAAACCUCCACGAGCUACCUCGGACACUGUCAAGAAAUACACUUUCGCAGACCUGAAUUUGGGAAAUGAACGGAUCAUCAGUUCAUCCACACCUUGUGGAGAUUUCUUCUUCCGCUGCCGUAGGACCCCAGCGUUGUCACGGACGUCAUCCAGCACCAAGAGUCAGGGUACAGCCUCCUCUGAGAACAAAGCUGAUGACAUCACCAACAUAGUCAAGAAGUGUAAUGAGCUGGAUCUCAAUAUCAUUGUCAUCUGGAAGGCCUACGUUGUGGAGGACAACAAACAGCUGAUCCUCGAGGGUCAGCUCCAUGUGGCGCUGCAGAGUCUUGGCAAAGAGGCCACUUCUCUGGCUCCUAAAGAGGAAGCUCAGGAAAUGGUCCUGCUCAAGUUUAAGUCGGAGCUGCCGGUUCCAGUCCCUCCACCUUCAGCAGAACUGUCACAGCUCAUUAAAACCAACCUGCACUACCCCGAAAUCUACACACAUCCAUUUGGUCACAACAGUCUGUGUCUGGUUCCUGUGACUCUGUCCUUGUCAAACUGCUCCAUGGCUCUAGUGGACGUUCUCAUCGACUUGCAGCACAAAAGCAACAGCCCAGAGUCAGAGGUCCACCACUCGUUCACAUGGGUGGGUCAGACCCAGUACAAGCUGCAGUUAAAGCCUCAGGAGGUUCUGGCUCUGACUCUAAGAGCCUGUUUCUUGCAGGCAGGAGUUUACAACCUCAACACGCCAAGGAUCUUGGCCAAACCUACAGAGCAGAUGUCCCUAAGUGAAACGAGUCAGCAGACGGCCAGUCCUGCUCUCAUCAUCAUUAAUAAAGCCUGAGGAGAUGAUGGUGGGCGGGAGAUAACAGGGACUCUGUGGACACCAGAAUCCACCAGCUACUCUAAACUGGACCAUCAGCUGGUCUGGCAGAGAAAUGCAAAUGUUUUAAAUCAUGAGUUCAAUGUUGAAAACUUAAUUUAAAAAUGUGGAGACUGAAGAGCUACAGUGACAGACACUUUAUUAACCUCAGAUCCAUUUUUUCUGUCAAGUUUCUGCAUGUUAACUUAUCUGCACAGGGUCCUAUUGUCAUCAUCAUUUUUCUAUGAUCCUGGCUGUUGACCAUGCAGACCUACUUGUACUGUCUACAAUUGGCUCCUUGUCUCUAUUUUUCUGAUGGCUUUUACGCCAACAUGGUUUUGGUUCCCAGACAAAAAAACAAACGAAAAUAAUUAGAUGUGAGCCUGAAAUGUUUUUUCUGGGAUCAGCAGGUAAUACUUGUGGAAGAAGGAUGUCGGCUGGAUAUAAUGAGAAAAUAAAUGGUCAGUACAAAGAACAGUAAGCUGACAAUGUGUUUUAAAGGUUAAUUGAUUAUGGUUUUGGUCAGCAUUACUGUGGUUCAACAUUACUGGUACAAACAAUAGUCUGGAUCCUUCAGAUCAACAAUGUUCCCAACAAAAGCCAUGUCAGUCCUUGUCUGUGCUGAAAUGUUGGCUUUUGUUGUUAAUUUGGACCAGACGUUUCAGUCCCAUCUAAGACCUUCUCGGUGUCACUGUACUGGACAGUCAUUAACCUGAUGCUACAGAUUUGUGUCAGGUUUCUGACUCCAGACUGAAGUGAGGGACUUGGAAACACCAUCCAGAUUAUAUCGGUAUAUUUUGAUCCCUGGUAGAGCUUCAGACUACACUACAGACUAGAGUCAUGUCCAACCAAUCAGCAUGACCCCAUCCUGUCUCGAACCUCACAAUAAUGUCAUUCAACUCUGUGUGCAUAGACUUGACAGCUUUUCUGAAAUGUAUGUAAUAUAUUUAUAUAACAAAUUUGAUGUAUAUAGUAAAUAAAAUGUAACUAAUGAUACUGUAA